AUGGCCGGGACUGCACAGAGAAGGUCCCGGAAUGCGGAUUUGAACGGAAGUCUUCUCAAAACCGCUGAGCCAGCUUCGUCCAUUCUAGACGCGCACCAUCUUUCUUCAGAAGCACAUGGCACUAUCUCGCAGUUGCGAAAAGAGCUCAUCGAGAGAGCCCCUGGAACUGCGUUUCCGCGGUCGGGCGAAAGCAUAAAGAACACACUCUCUUUGAUUUGCGUGGCAUUGAGAGUUGCGUCUGAUGAUGUGCCUCCAACUGGAGAUAUCCCCCCUGGUAGCGACACUGAACAGCAUCUGUCAAACUGCUUGGAUAUUGUCCAACUGCUGGUUGAAAACGCCCCUCGUGCUUUGCUAGACGAGCUUGAACCAGAGCUCCUGGGGCUAGAUGCACCGUUUCCAUUCUAUGCGUGGCUGACAACCCUCCUGGUCGAGCUGAGCGCCAAAGUACGACUCGACAAUGUAGAAGGCAAAAUCAGUGGCCUUCUUGCUUUGAUGGCGCUCUCUCAGCAUAACAUGUCACGGUCAUCCUCUUUGCGACAUUCGCUUUCGACGAUGCUCCGUGUCAUAGUCACCGAUAUCCUGAAGUCUCUGGAAGAAACUGAUUUAUCAGAGUAUGAGAAAGCGAGUAUCAUGCUACCUAGCAUGACCGGAUCGGUGAAUGAGGAAUUGAUGUCAAAGUUGGGCCUUCCUCGACCUCUUUUCACAACCACGAUUCUUCUCGGAGAUCCUGGUCGAGCAACCCAAGUACUACUUCAAUUAAUCGACGCUCUGAUCCCUAGAACGACCGUGGAUCAGGGCAACUUCUCAAUCGCAGGAAUCAUACAGGAUUCUGCAACAGCGUUGAAUCUGUUCCGUCGGGCUUGGAACUGCGCUUCUUCGUGGCUACGGCAAUAUGAAAUGAACAGGAAGCAGGGAGUGGCCGCCGAUUUAAUUGCUCAGUUCCUUCAGUUUUCCCAGAAAUUAACCAAAAGAUUGCUGACAAUACCAAGCAUAGGAUGCCUUGACGCUCAAGCUAGCAAAAUGUUCAAUGAAAGUCUUGCUGCGGUCAUAUCCUCUCAAAUAAAACACCAGGGUGCAAGAAUCGAACAAGUCUUGUCCAACUGCCUUGAUAGUGUGAAGGAACUUGAAAACGUUUCUACAACCAUAAGAAUGGAUGUUGAAGACAUUCUUGUUCCCAAGCUGGCAGACUUUCGCACUGAUAAUGAAUCCUUUUCCAAGACUUCGGUGUCCAUCCAGAAUGCAGUCAACGCAAUCCUCAGUGCCCAUGGGCUAGACGAGGAAAUAGAUACGAGUAAACUGCAAGUGAAUGAGCCACAACCCCGAGCAGUCAAACGUAUUCGGCUGUCAGCAACUGAGAUGUCGUUUGAGGAUAACACUACUUUGUUUCAGCAAAUCAUAAUGAAAGUUUCCAAGCUUGUUGAGGGUAAAGAUUCUAUGGAUUUUCAUCUCACCAUGAAAUCUGCAAGAGAAAAUCAUGCAAGCCUUUCUGAAGACCAGAAACGUGAAUUCUUCGCAUUAAUUGCGAAUAUCCCCUGCGCUGGAGCAGGACAUCAGCCUAUAACCAUCCGUCAAAACACCGGUUCCUUUUAUUGCCAGACCUGCGAUUCUGAACGAGUUCUUUCCGAUGCCAUUACGCCCUGGAAUAGCACCGAGGCAGAUGACCUGCGGGAUCUCUACUUUGAACUGAUACCAAAAGUAUCACGAAACCCCUCUCUGCGCACAGUUUCCCUACUUGCGGUUAGGCGGUUCCUCUACCAUGAGCCAGAGACUAAGCGCUUGUCACUUAGAUCAUCGGUUCUUGGGGAAAUGUGUAUUCACUCUCUGAAAGCCUCCUCUAGAGAACUACGAAUCGCAGCUGGGUACACCCUUCCGUGCUUUCUUUGCAAAUCUGUUGAUGCCGAGGUCCGGAGACAAAAUUUCGUUAUAAUCCUUGAGUGUCUCAAGAGUGUUUCGGAACGGACGGACAUACCUUCUCAGGAAACUUGUGUCUUGACACUAUGUAGACUGGCAGAAGUAUGUGAAGAUGAAGAGUUGAAUAUCAUCCUUCUCCGUCUUCUUGAAUAUUUUGGGCACACAAAUCCUUAUAUAUGUGCAGUGUCUUACACAGAGCUUGUAAAAGUUGCUCAAAGGCUAUCCACCACGGUGGCAGGUUUGCUUCGUCCGUUUUGGGGAUCAUUGUCAAUCACGAUUGUGAAGAAUAUUCGAAAUCGCCCACAUAUGGCAGAGCAGCUAUGUGAUCUUCUAGGGAUGUCCGUCGACAACUUUCUCCGACUCACCGAAACUCACACAUUGCCAUAUCUAGUCUACACACGCCGACAAGAAGUUAUUGCAAAAAUAGCAGCCACUCAUUCGUCCAAAUCACCUUUUGAGCUUUGUAUGGAGCGGAACAACUUGGCAUCGAUUAUAGCAUUUCUGUUGAGCCAGCCUGCGCAAGAUCAUGAUGGUAUGAUAUAUUCACUUUUGGUGUCUGUUGAUUCCAGGUUUCAAAGCACCUCGGCCACAAUGCUACUUAAGACUGAACCAAUUCCCAUAACUCGCGAGCUUUUGAAAAACAUGGGCGACUCUGGAGGCAACGAAGACUCAAAGUUCGAUGAUGCCCUUCGUCUUCUCGCCAGUUUAACUCCUCGAAAACGGGGCCCAAGCUCGGAAUCAUCUUUAGGAGUUGGGCCUUUUAUUGAGGAACAUCUCUUUGGUCUUAUAACAGAGUUUGUGGAUACUGUGAACGAUUUGCAUGCAAGAUAUCCCGUCAUAGAAAAGAAGCGCAAUAUAAUUGCCAUCGGCGAGAUGAUAAAACUUGCUCCAAAUCAUGUUAAUGCUGCAAUCCCACAAAUCUGUGCUUGUCUGAGAUCCUCGCUUGAGGUCGAGGAGCUGCGCGACUAUGCUUUUUCUGUCUGGUGUACUCUUAUCACUCAUCUUGAACCUGAAGAAGCUGAAAUGCUACAUGACCAGGUCGUCGCAAUAAUCCUUCAAUACUGGCCGAAUAUGGAAGAAACUACCAGACAAUCAGCGGUGGAUAUUGUAGAGCACUUGAUUUGUGAUCAUACCGACCAGCUGCGAGAAAUAUUUCAAACAUUACCAUCGCUGCUAUCAAUCCCUGAGAUGUCAGGCUAUAAAAAACAAAUUACCGACAUGAGAAGCGACACGGAUAUAAGUGAACGCUUGGUGGCGUUUAGCGUUCGCUGCCAGAGCGAAAGUGCAAUAGUUGUUGAACAAAGUCUCAAGGAGCUUGUUCCAUUCUUACACGACAAUGACGAACUUAUGCAUAAAACAUUCCUCAAUGACCAGUACAACAGUGGGCUUUCUCGACUAACAAGGUCGCUUCUUGACUGCUGCGUGAAAUUCCAAUCAGAAUCCGAUAUGAUCGCCAUGUUGUCUGCACGGGCUCUUGGACUUAUAGGUUGCUUGGAUCCAAAUCGGGUCGAGUUGACGAGAGAAAAUAGCGACAUCGUCGUUCUUUCGAACUUUGCUCGAACAGAAGAGACAUUCAAUUUCACCAUGUUUUUCUUGCAAAAUGUGUUGGUAGAUGCAUUCCUAUCUGCAUCCAACACACGAGCUCAGAGCUUCCUUGCCUAUGGCAUGCAAGCCCUCAUGAGUGCAAGUCAAAUAACUACGGAAAUCACCGCGCCAUCUAAUGAUAUUGAGAAAGAUGAGAGACAUCAAAGAUGGCUCAGUUUACCUGAGAUUGUGAGAAACACUGUUACGCCGUUUCUAACAUCGAGAUAUGCCAUUACCCUUGGCGCAACAAAAAAUGAAUGCGGCUAUCCACUAUUCUCCCCCAACAUGAGCUAUGGCGAAUGGCUUUGCAAAUUUGUGAUAGACCUGCUACACAAAGGCUAUAGUCUAAAUGUUCAGGUGAUAUUUUCAGUCUGUGCUAGAAUCAUUCGCGGGCAAGACAUACGAAUUCCUUCCUUCAUUCUACCAUUUGCGGUGCUGAACGUUGCAGCGGAUGGCCCCGAAGGCCACAGACAGGAGGUGCGAGAGGAACUCAUACGGGUAUUAUCCCAUCCUUCACCGGAGAAUAGCACUCGGAUGCGGGAAAAUAUUCUGCUCUGUAGCGAGAGCGUUUUCAAUGUCUUGGAUUAUCUGUCAAGAUGGCUUCAGGGGAAAAAGAAGCAACAUGCCAUGCUCGCCAGCCAUCCUUCGGCCAGUCGCCCACAAACAGAAAUGAUUCUCCAGCUUUCUUCCAAUCAGAUUAAGAAUGUCGAACAGAUUCUGUCUUCCAUACCUCCAGAGGUUAUAUCAAGAAGGGCUGUUGAGUGCAAGUCCUUUUCCAGGGCGUUGUUCCAUUGGGAGCAAUAUAUUCGACAACGUAAAAGUACUAUGGAGAAAAAAAAGAAGGCACAGCUCGAGCCUCUCUAUCAACGACUUCAGUAUAUUUACACACAGAUCGACGAGCCGGAUGGUAUUGAAGGCAUUUCCUCCCAUUUGCACGUAUUUAACAUAGACCAGCAAGUCCUCGAGCAUCGAACAGGGGGUCGGUGGGCUGCUGCGCAGAGUUGGUACGAAUUGCAAUUAGACGAGGAACCUGACAAUAGCGAUGCACAGCUGAAGUUGCUCACCUGUCUAAAAGAAUCGGGCCAACAAGAUGCACUUCUGGACAAGUUCGAAACAUUUAGAAGAUCAGAAACAUUCUCGCUAAGGUUUCUUCCAUUUGCUGUUGAAGCUUCGCUCUUGACAGCAAAAUGGGCCAAGCUCGACGAAUAUUUAAAACUCUGCCUCAAGGAGAACGCUGGCGAUUUUACCAUUGGCAUAGCAUCUGCAUUAAAUGCGCUUCGUAAUGGUGACAAGUCUACAUUUCAUGACACGGUUAAAGGUUUAAGACUAAGCAGAGCAAAAUCGAUGACUUCCAAUUCGACAUUGUCUCUACAGUCAUGUCAUGAUGAGUUGCUUCAGCUACACGCUCUCUCAGAGAUUGAAGCAAUCGUUGGCGCAGACGGGCAGACACCAAAUGCUAAAGCAAAACUUAUGGAUGCCUUGGAUCACCGGUUAGAUCUCUUGGGUGUGUAUAUCCCCGAGAAGCAAUACCUCUUAGGGUUAAGAAGGGCCGCAAUGGCACUCUCAAAUGCAUUCUCGGAAUUAGACUUAGCCACAGUUUGGCUCACAAGUGCUCGUCUCUUUCGAAAAAAUGGGAAUAUAGGACCGGCCUAUAAUUCAGUGAUGCACGCGGCUCAGCUGAAAGCAAAGUCUGCCACUAUCGAACACUCACGUCUACUCUGGAAGGAUGGGCAUCACCGAAAAGCCAUACAGACUUUGAAAGGAGCAAUAGCUGCGAAUGCCUUUGUUUCCCAUGACUACGAACUUACAACCAGUGAAUCAGUUCCAAUGACUGGAGGCGCCGGAGCGCAAAAUAUCUUUGCGGCAAAGGCUCAUCUAUUACUUGCGAAAUGGACCGAUCGAGCUGGUCAGACCCAUUCCGAAGUCAUCAUUCAAAGAUAUCGGGAGGCAAUUAAAUUACAUACCAGGUGGGAGAAAGCUCACUACUAUCUUGGUAGGCACUACAACAAGAUCAUAGAGUCCGAAAGGGCCAAGCCCCCUGGAAAAGAGGCACAAAUAUACCUGAGCGGAGAAGCUUCGAAACUUGCUAUAGACAGCUAUCUACGGUCUCUCCAGAAUGGAAACAAAUUCGUCUUCCAAACUUUGCCUAAAGUCCUUACUUUGUGGCUAGAACAUGCGUCAAAUAUAGACCAGCCGUUUGACUCCAGGCGAGGUAGCAAUAGUGAUUUCCAAAAACAGAUCUUCGCUCAGCGCAAGAAGACGUUGGAUGGCAUGCAUUCUCAACUGAAAAAAUAUCUAAAUCAGAUACCUGCUGAAGUGCUCUUCACUGUCCUUGCCCAGGUCGUGGCUCGGAUUUCACAUUCUAAUCACAUGGUUUCAGACUUGCUGACCAGUGUGGUCGUCAAAACUCUCACACAUUUUCCACGCCAAGGGCUCUGGUCCGUGUUGGCGUUAGUCAAAUCAUCAUCAAAAGAACGUGCAUCCAAAGGCAUUACAUGUCUUAACAAGAUCAUAGAAUCAAAUAAGAAGUUGAGCAGGAGCGAUGUAUCGCCGUCUGAAAUUAGGGCGAUGAUCACUCAAGGCCAGAAGUUUUCCGAGGAAUUGCUAGAACUAUGCUUUGCUCCGGUGGGAGACAAAGUAUCGAGAAUCAGCUUGGCGCGAGAUCUAAGCUUCAACCACAAGGUGGCUCCGUGUCGGCUGGUUGUUCCGUUUCAGAUUAUGUUGACACCAAUUCUACCUCCUUCUCACGAGAAGUCGUUCCUUGAGCAUUUCCGUCCAUUCCCAGGUGACGUUGUCAGCAUAGAAAGAGUCAUGGACGAAGCACUGGUUUUAAGCUCGCUGCAGAAGCCACGCAAAAUAAGCAUCCAGGGGACCGACGGCAAGGUGUACAGCCUAUUGUGCAAACCCAAGGACGAUCUCAGGAAAGAUCAGCGCCUGAUGGAAUUCAACAAUAUGAUCAAUGGGUUCCUGAAGAGAAACGUUGAAGCUAUCAAGCGGCGCAUGUACAUCAAAACCUAUGCUGUGACACCGUUGAGCGAGGAAUGUGGCAUUAUUGAAUGGGUUGAUAACUUGCGCACACUUCGAGAAAUCGUAACCAAACUUUUGCGAGAAAGAGGAAUUACACCUAAUUAUAAUGAGAUUAGGCAUUAUUUGAACGAAGCCUGCUCGGAAGACGACAAGCUACCAUUGUUCACGACCCAUGUACUAGCGAAAUUCCCACCAGUUUUACAUGAAUGGUUUAUUGAGAUGUUCCCCGACCCGGACGCAUGGAUGGCAGCAAGGAUGAGAUACACUCGCACUAGUGCCGUGAUGUCCAUAGUCGGGCAUGUUCUUGGCCUCGGCGAUCGCCAUGGUGAAAAUAUACUCUUUGAGGAAAGCACCGGGGGGAUAUUACAUGUGGACUUCAAUUGUCUUUUUGACAAGGGAUUGACAUUCGAUAAACCUGAGGUGGUCCCUUUCCGGUUGACUCACAACAUGGUUGAUGCUUUUGGAGCAUAUAGUUAUAAUGGCCCUUUUCGAAGGACUUGUGAAAUCACACUCAGUCAACUACGACAGAACCAAGACGCGCUUAUGACAAUUCUCGAAACCUUCUUGUACGACCCAACAACGGAUUUCAUAGGAAAAAAGGUAAAAACUCAAAUUUGCUCCGUAUCCACAUAA